GUUAUCGUCGCCAUAUUGGAGAAAGGAAUCACUGAAAUAUUGGAUAUCUGUAGUUUUUUCUUCCUUUUUAAUCGGUAAAGCAACAAGAUGGGAGACUCCAGGGAGGGAUCACCCGGCGGAUCUCAGGUGUCAGGAAGAAGAUCUGGUUCAGGUCAAGUUGCUCUCCCUACUUCAGCCAAGACAGUUUCCAGUCAACAUACUUUUGCAACAGAUGACAUUGCUCCAAAGAACCCUUUUACAAUGCCUCAAGAUAAUGACAUCUUCAUGCUACGUGACAAGGAGCGACAACGAAAGAAACAGGAGAGAAUUAAGAACAGAAACAAGAAGGUCCAUGAGAAAACGACCUAUGCGUCCAGGGUUAAUUUCCGCACUGCUCAGAUGAUACGACCAGCAGACUCAGAUGAGGAGAAAGAGGAGGACUCAGACAAGGCACUAGCUGUUAAGGAAGACCCGCAGUUUGUCCUUGCAGUCACAAAAGAUCGACAUGUGGAGAAAGAAUCUCUGGCAGAUUACAUUUCCAAAAAGAGAGAAAUGUUUUUGGUGCAGUACUCCCUGGGUGUGAAGAGAGACGAGAUGAGAAAACUGGAGGAGAUUGCACACGCUGAGGAGCGUAAGCUGGAGAUGGCGGAGCAGUAUCUGGAGGAAGAUGCUGCCAUGUUUGACGAGUUCCUCAAGGAAAAUGACAAGAAUUCUGUUGAUGCCAUCAGAGCAGCUGAGGCAGAGACCAAGGCAAAGAUCGAGAAGGUACAGGAGAUCAAGAGGAUCACUGCUCAGAUGAUGGGAAUCAGGAGUGAGAUCUCCAAGUAUGAGGAGCUGCUGAAGGAAUACCAGCUGUAUAAGGGGUUCUUGGAGUCUCUUACCCCAAAUGUUUGGCUGGAUGAAAGAAAGAAAGUUCAAGAUGAAAGGAGAGAACAGAAAAAGAAGGAAAAAGAAAAGAAUGAACAAAAUAGGAAACUUGUCAGCACACCCAGUGAGAGCAGUCGUGGAACAGGUGCCAAAGACGCGAGAAAACUCUCCAAAUUUGGAAAAACCAAGGAGUUACGGAGAACUCCCAGUCAGGCCACACAGGACUCCAAGAGUGUGGCUGCUGCUACCCAGGCCGUGGAGGAAGAGGAGGAAACGGAUGAGGAACCAGAGCUUUACUUUUCUGAUUCUCAGCAACUUUUGGAUAUUUUUGCUGAACUGGAGGAACAAAAUUUAUCCCUCAUCCAAAACUCCCAGGAGACGGAGGAGGCUCUGGAGGAAAUGAAACAAAAUAUUAAGUCUACAAAGAGAAAAAUGGAAAAGGAAACAUCAGUAUUAAAAGAACAGAUAGAUAAACUAAACACUGCAAUAGGAAAAGAAGAAACCAAAGCAAAAGACUUGGAGAUGAAGGCCAGGAUGUUUAACUUUGGUGAUUUCAACCAAGAGGACCAGGAGAGAAUGCUAGCAGAGCUGAACCAGAAGGUAGAACACGUCUACAGAGCCUGCAUAGGAGACAAUGAGGCUAAUAUAAGUACAUUACAAAUGCUGACCAACAUAGAAAACAGACUUGAGGAACUGUUUGAACAAAUAGAAAUGAUGCCACAAGACAAGGUGGAAGCUGCAGAAAAGUCCAAAGAAAAAGAAAGGCGUUUGAAACAAAGAGAAGAAAAGAUGGAGCAGCAGAGGCUACACCAGGAGGAGAGAGUGCGGCGUGCUUUGGAAAGAGCCAAGGCAGAGCCAAAGAAAAAGCUGGGCAGGAAGUUAGUGGAGAGGUCAGAACCCCCAAGGUUGAAGAAGAAGGAGGAUGACAGUGCUCUGUUGGCCAGUAAAGAGGAGGAAGAACUGGCUUAUUUCUUCACAUAGACUGACACUGCCACCUGGUGGCUGUCAUAGACACUAUGUGCCUGGUGGCUGCCGUAUAUAUAAACAUACACAUAAGGAGUUUCCUGACUCUUGAGUGCAGAGUUUUUAAGUAAAAAAAUCUGUGGAUGUCUUAAUUCCAGCAGAUGAGAUGGAAAAAUUCUCUACAUGGAAGUAGCGUCACUUUGGAACAGGCAUAUUACAUUUUUUUUAAGGACACAUCUGAAUUUUUUUCAGCAGAACUGUUACAUUUUUUGCUGUAUGAAAACAAGGGAAUAUUGUUUUCUUUGAGAUUGAGAGUGGUUAAUGUAAAUAGUGGCAAGUCAGUUUAAUGCUAACGCCAUUAUUGGGCAUGAAAAGUAUUUUAAAAGUAAUUGUGAUACAUAAAAUUGUGUAAGAAUGGCUAUGAAUAAAGACAUUGAUUC